UAAUUAGUACCUUGUGGCUAUUCUUUUGCUUACAAUUUACAGUUCCAGUAGCUCUCUCUGCCUUCGAUGGAGAAGCCACAUCUCGCCAUUUUUCCCCUCAGCGCUGGGAUGGGGCAUUUCCUUCCGUUAGCUGAGUUUGCAAAGCGUCUCUGUGAGUUUCAUGGCUUCUCCAUCACCCUCAUCAUCAGCAGGUGGUUGUGGACAUCUCGGCCACCUGCACUUCUUGAACGAUUGGCCUCCUCUGCUCUCGACAUACGUAUUACAGAGAUUCCUCACAUCACUGUGGAUGAAGAUGAGCCAGACAUGAAAAUAGAAACCAGUGUUUCGAAGUUCGUGCUGAAAGCAGAGCCACACAUUGAAGAAGUUCUUCUUCAAUCGUCGCGUUCAUCUUCGCCCAUCUCUGCUUUUAUUACAGACUUCUUCUGUACGGACCUGCUCGACGUUACCGCCAAGCUGAAGGUGCCAUCUUAUCUAUUCGUUCCGGCCUCUGCUUCUCUUGUCUGCUUAAUGUUACAUCUUCCCAAGCUCGUUUCGGAGAUAAAAGUUUCAUUUAAAGACGCCGAUUUUGAUGUGGAGAUACCAGGGCUACCGCUGAUUCCAGCCAGAGAUCUGCUCACUCCUCUUCAGGACAGAUCGAAUUCUGCAUUUAAAUGGGUGGUCCACCAUGCCUCCCGCUUCAAGGAAGCAUCAGGAAUUCUCAUUAACACCUUUGCUGAACUAGAGGAGGAAGCCAUGAAAAUCCUAGGCACACCUGCAACACCCACCAUCUAUCCAAUAGGCCCGUUGAUGGUCACAGAGUCUGAUGCUCACGACGAGUCUAGGUGCCUCAAAUGGUUAGAUGAGCAGCCUCCAUCGUCCGUUCUGUUUGUGGCAUUUGGAAGCGGCGCCAUUUUUUCGAGGCAGCAAAUCAUAGAUCUGGCGAUUGGACUCGAAGCCAGCGGCCACCGGUUCCUGUGGGUGAUACGCGGGUACAAAUCUGGGGACUCCUCUUCUCUGGAAACUGACAUUUCUCAGCUUUUACCGGAGGGUUUUCAGAGUCGAACCUGGGACCGUGGGUUUGUGCUUCUAAAUUGGGCCCCUCAAGUACGGAUCCUUUCUCACCCAUCUACGGGAGGGUUCCUUUCUCAUUGCGGGUGGAAUUCUACGCUGGAGAGCGUGUCGCAUGGAGUUCCAAUGAUCGGUUGGCCCCUGUUUGCCGAACAGAGGAUGAACAAGGUCAUACUGGUGAAGCAGAUCCAAGUAGCAAUAGAUUUGAAGAUGGAAAGCACCGGUUUUGUGAGGAGAGAAGAAGUGGAAAGAGCAGUGAGGGAAUUGAUGGAAGGAGAGGAGGGAAGAAAGGCGAGGGAGAAAAUGAUAGAGUUGAAGGACAAGGCCAAGAUUGCUAUGAUGGUAGGAGGGAGCACAAUGAAGGCCACUGCCAGUGCAGCCGCAGGUUUAGGACAUAGACCAAGCUUGAAUACCUAAGUUAGUGGUGUGAUGUAGGUCAAAUUUGUUGCUUCGAACUAGCUGCUAUGCCGCCUUCCUUUUCCUCUUGGUAGCAGAAAUCUGUUGCUUUGUCACAGGUUAUACUUCUGGUUGUGUUCUCUGCUUUUGUUCAGCUUUUAGAGGGAAGGAUCAGCUGUUUUGUCAGAAUGAUAAAGAACAAGCAUAAACAGUUAAUUCUUAUUAUAUAGAUUGUAGAAGCUUAAUAUCUGUUACUUAUAUUUAGCUGUUUCCAGAUUAGAUUGUGUGAAAUAUUCUGAUAUUAAUGUUUCGGUUCGUGAUCUAUCAUAGAUAAAAAGCAAG